AUGCCACACCCUACUUACACCAAUAGCCGCGAUGCGCUGAAAAUCGCAGUCCUGGGCGCCGGAGGCGGGAUUGGACAGUCGCUGUCGCUGUUGCUGAAAACCGAACUGCACACCACGUGCGUCGCGGCCGACGCGCGCGUGCACAUCGCGAUGUACGACGUGAACCGCGACGCCGUGGCCGGAGCCGCGACGGACUUGUCACACAUCAACACGGCGGUCUACGUCACGUGGCACGCGCCGGAGGCCGGCUCCGGCCCGGACCCGCUGGCCGCGUGUUUGCGGGGCGCGCAGCUCGUGGUCAUCCCCGCGGGUGUUCCGCGGAAACCCGGCAUGACGCGCGACGAUCUGUUUGCCAUUAACGCGAGCAUCGUGAAGACGCUCUCGCAGGGCAUUGCCGCGCACUGCGACCUGUCACGCACCUUUGUGCUGCUGAUCUCCAACCCGGUCAACUCGCUCGUGCCGGUUCUCGUGGAAACGCUGGUGGUCGCCGGCGGCCACCAGCGUGUGACGCCGCAGACGGUGGCGCGUCGCGUGUUUGGGCUCACGCAGCUGGACGCGGUACGUGCGUCCGCGUUCCUGCACGAAGCUCUAGGGCUCCUCCCGGGCCAAAGCGUGCGCGUGCCCGUAGUGGGCGGCCACUCCGGCCACACCAUUGUGCCAUUGUUCUCGCAGGCCGUGGUCGGCACCGACAAGCUGCAGGAGCGCGUCCGCAGUCUUGGCCCGGAUGUGCUAUCGCAACUGGUGAACCGGGUACAGUUUGGCGGCGACGAGGUGGUGAAGGCCAAAAACGGCGCCGGUAGCGCGACCCUGUCGAUGGCGUACGCCGCAGCGCAGGUGACCCGUGGAUUUGCAGAACUGCUGCUGGGGGUGCGAGAAGAGCUACAGGACACGCUGUACGUGAACGUGGGCGCGUUUGCGUUUGGCGAACAGGUUACACAACUGACACAGGGACUGCCCUACGUGUCGCUGCCACUGGCGAUCUCGCGAGACGGCCUGCAAGCGGUAGACACGCAGUGGGCGCAGAAAUUGGCGCCCGAGGAGCGGAAACUAUGGGCUGUUUGCAUACAGGAGUUGCAGACCGCAGUGCCCCAGCACCAGGAGCAGCAAUCGUAG